UCGUGGAGCUGUGCGUACGCGUUUAUGCUUUUCGCAGCUUUGUAACGAGUGAUACGUCUAAAACGGGUUAAUCAAGAAAUGGGAGAAAAUUCAAGUGGAACGGAUUUAAGUGAUUCAGAAAUAGUAAAGAGAUGUGAAGAACAAUUGAUUGAGAUGGAAGUUGAAGGUGUAGGGAUAGAAAAAAUAACUGAUGGAAGAGCAAGAUCUGUGGAGAAGAGAAAACAAAGAGAAGAUGACUCAAGUGAAGAUGGCUUUAUAACUGUAAAUCGAAGGAAACCUAAACGUUUAAUAAGAAGUGAUUCUACGGAUACUAGGAAUGGUAAUGAGAUUGAGAAAAAUGAGGAAAAGGCAACGAACACUCAUGAAGUGUGUAUUACAUCGCAGAAUGAACUACCUAAACCUAUAGCCAUGGCUAAGUUAUUAAGCGCUGAAAAUAUGAAGAAUAUUCUGAGAAUAAAAUAUAAAAGUUCAUUUAAAGCUAUGAUUCAGUUUAAAAGAAUUGAGGAUGCUGAAAAACUACUAAACUGUCAGAAAAUCAAAGACAUGGGGUUGAGGUGUCAAUCAACUCAGGAAAUGACGACUUCCUAUGGAAUUGUGAAAGGUAUUGACCUUGAAUUAAACGAAGACGAAAUUAAGAAUAUCUUAAAAUCAAAUACUGAGGUUUUAUCAAUUAAGAGACUACAACGACUGAAUUCGGAAGGUAAAUGGAUUGAUUGCGAGUCUGUAAGAAUUAGUUUCAAAGGUGAUGUAUUACCUCAAUAUGUCUAUGCAUACGACUGUCGUUUUAUAGUAGAAGCGUAUACUUUCCCAGUGACACAAUGCUCAGGAUGCUGGAAAUUUGGACAUUCCAUCAAAUUUUGCCCAGCUAAAAAGAUAUGUUGUCCUAAGUGCGGAGGAAAUCAUGACAAUUGUAGCUUGGAAGAAUACAAAUGUCUUAACUGUAAGGGGAAUCAUUUUGUUUUGGACAGAAAGUGUCCCAUGUACAUAAAAGAAAAAACUAUCAGGAAAAUCAUGAGCGAAGAACAACUUACAUACAGAAAUGCCCUACAACGUUACAUGGAUAAAAAACAAGAAAUGAAUAAAGACACAAUGGACACAUCACAAAUUACUAACACGCAACCAAUAAUCCCACCUAACUCCGCUACAGAAACAUAUAGUAGUGUAUUGACGAAAGCCUUGGUACAUCAAGAACUGCAUGAAAAUAAAAAUAAACAAGAAGGAUUACGACAGACCGAAAAACCAGCGGCAAUAACAAAUAAAGAAGUCACUUCAAAACAGGUUACCACGAAGAAUACAAAUAAAACAUACAAUAACAAAAAUGAUGAUAUUUUUGAGCUGCGGGUAGAUGAAGAACGUUCUACAUCACAAAGAAUUGAGGAAGGUCCGAAGAGGAGCGAACAACUAUUAGAUAAAUUUGAAUGGAAGAAACUUUGGGAGAAAAUAAAAAGUAUUAUUAGAUCCGAGAGUAAAUUUGAAGAAAAAAUUAUAUCUUUGUUUAAAAUUGUGUGUGAGGAACUAAAAAAUUUUGUAAUUAAGUUAAUAUUAGGGGAAGAAAUCUUGAACAACAUAAAUUGUUUUAGUAAUGGAUAGCUUACAAAAAAUAAUUAAGUUGAACAUAUUUCAAUGGAACUCGCAAAGUUUACGUCCCAAGCUUGUAUCCUUUUCAGAACUUCUAAUUCGAGAAAAUAUACAUAUCGCAAUUAUAAGCGAAACAUGGUUUGACGGUGAAGUCAGUGUAAAUAUUAGCGGAUACAAUGUAUAUCGGAAUGACAGAUAUGACGGUUACGGUGGUGUCGCUUUGUUGGUGCACAGGUCAGUGCAAUCUCACCUAGUGUCAUUAAAUAAUAACAAUGUGGGUAUCGAAAUGGUCUGUAUUAAGUUAUUAAAUUGCAAGGACGUAGAA